AUGAUAAAAGAGAAAUUGUUAAAAUUUUUAAAUUACUAUUAUUUUUUUAAAAAGUAUUACAUUUAUCAUAUCCUUUUUUUGUAUAUAUUUUUUUUAAGAAUAACCUAUACCUAUGCUGAAAUAACGAUAUCUCAAUUUUAUACAUUUUUGUUAAGUAAAUAUGAGAAUGUGGAGAAUAGUAGAAGAGAGGAUAAUUUUUUUUAUUACUUUACUCAUUUUUUUAAUUUUAAUUCAAGAUGUGAUGAUAAAUUUUUAAAUACGAAAUUAUUUGUUGUAGUAUAUUUACCAAUAUGUUUAAAAUGUUUUUAUACUCUUUUUUUUGAUUAUGUAGCUUAUUAUAUAUAUAUACGUUAUUAUUUUAAUAAAAUAAAUAAUGAUUUUAGGAAUUUUUUUUUUUCAUCUCUUUCUUAUGAAAAUAUACAAGUAUCAAAUAAUUCUGUUUGUAAAAAUGCUUUACAUAUUGUAAAAAAGGUAAGAUCUAAUAGUAUUAAUAAAUUAAAAAAGGAAAAAAAAGGAAUCAAAAAAAAGAAUGAGGUUAUGAAUAAUUACAUGAGAAAUAGGUUUUCUCAUAUGUCUUUUGAAGAGUAUAAAAAAUAUUGUAGUUUUUUAAAACGAACACAUAAAAAAAAAAAAAAAAAAAAAAAGGGGAAUUCAUUUUUUUAUAUAAAUGGAAAAAAAAAGCUGAGUUCGUUUGGAACAACAGAUUAUAGAAAGAGUGUAUAUAAUAAAUACAAAAAUAAAAAAAGGAGAAAAUAUAAUGAUAACACAUUUAAUAAUAUUACAUAUGAUACAUCUUCUAAUGAAUAUAAUAAUAAUUUCAUUCGUAAAAAUGUAUCUCUUGAUGAAGUCAAAAUGAAGAUAAUGAAAUAUGAUGAGGAAUUUAUCAAAAAUAAUCGUUUAUUAUGUGAGAAGGACCAAGGGCAUGACGGUGGAAAUGGUUUGUUUAAUAAUUUAUUUAAAAAUAGGAAGCAUAUAUUUUUUAGAAGGAAAAAUAAAAAUAAAAUAAUGGACAAGAACAACAAUAAUAAUAAAUAUAAUAAUAAUAAUAAUAAUAAUAUGAAGAAUGUGAAUAAUUGGGAUGAAGUAAUUUUUAGUAAGUUUUUAAAAGAAAAAUUCAAAAUGAUUAAAAAGAAAAAUGAUAUAAACAGUAUUAAUGAGGAUACAAAUAGAAAUGAAUAUUUUUUGGAAAAUAAUAUAAAUAAGGAGAGAAUUAAAAAUAAUAGUAUGAAUAGUUGGGGUAUUUUAAAUUAUUUAUUUUUUAAAAAAAGUAAUGAUAGUAAUAUUAGUUAUGAAGCCUUACCUGAUGAUACUAGUAAUGAUAAUCAACAUUAUAAUAAGAUUCAUAAAAAUGUGAAUAAUAUAUAUAAUACAACAUUUAAUCAAUGUUAUAAUAAGGAAUAUAAUAAUUCGUCUGUUUUGUGUUCUAAGGAUUAUGAUGAAAUAUAUAAGAAUAACAAAAGAUCUGAUGAUGAGAAGGAAAAGCUAUUAAAUUUUCGUUUAGAUAAAAAUAAUGGGAAAAACCAAAAAAAAAGUGAAAAUACUGAUAAUAUGGUAAAUGUAAAAGGUGUUAGUACAAAGAAUUAUUUCAUAAAUUUUUAUAAUAAUUUACAAAACGAUAACUUUCUUAUGAAUGAAGAAAAUGAAUUUGAUGUUUAUACAAAAGGGGAUAUUAGUAAAGAGCAAAUAAAUGUUCAUAAUAAAUCAUAUAAUGAAGAUAUAAACGAACAAAAAAAAAUGAGCAAAAAUGGUAAAAAAAGUAAAAAGGGUAAAACGAGUGUACUAGAUACCAAUGUUGAUAUAGAUGGGAAUGGAUAUAACGACGGAACUAUUAUAUUGAAGGAAAAUACGGAUGAUAAUAAUAAUGAUAAUAAUGAUGAUGGUAAUAAUAGUGAUAAUAAUAAUGAUAAUAAUAAUAAUAAUAAUAAUAAUAUUAGUUAUGAUUAUAAUAAUUAUGGCAAUAGAAACAAUUUUGAUAUGUCCUACUUAAAAAGCAAUAUAGUGAAUAAUUAUAUUAAAGGAGAAAAAAAGAAUUAUUUAAAAAAAAAAAAUAACCCAGACAAUAUAAAUGAAUGUAAUAAUUAUGAUUAUAACGAAAUAAGCGAAGAUUUAAAUGAGAGUCAGAAAAUGUGUUAUAGGAGUUUAAGAGGUAGUUUACAUAUGGAAUAUAUUUUUAAAGAUAGUUAUGAAUUAUUAGAUAAUAAUGAAUAUAAUGAAUAUUAUUAUUAUAAUAAAUUUAAAAGUUUUUAUUAUGAAAUAGAUGAAGAAAAUCAGACAUGUUCAAAUAUAAAAGAAAUAAUAAGUAAUAAGAUUAAUGCUGAAUUUUAUCAUUUGAAAUUAAAUAUACUUAUAUUGUCUUGUAUUAUAAUCCAGAUAUUUAAUUCAUUUAUUUUGAUUCUUAUUUCUAAUAAUUUUAUUUUAAAAAGGGAGAGAAUCUUUUUUUUUUGUUUUUUAUAUUCUUUAUUAGAAAGUGUAACCGAUGUUAUAUCAGAUAAUAUUUUUUUUUUAUGUGGUAAAUUUACAAAUAUAUAUAAAAAAGAAUUUAGUAUUAAUUCUAUAUAUAUAAUACAAGUAAUAAGUAAAAUGGUUUUAAGUGUUUCUACCAUUUUUAUUUAUUUUAUAUAUCACAUAUUUGUUAUUUUAUUUAAUGAGGUCAAUAUAAUGAUAAUAAAUACAUUAAUUAAGGCCCUUUCGAUUUUUGUGCUUUCUUUUAUAUUUCUUAAAAACAAGGAUAAUAUAUUUAGUUAUUAUUAUAAUGACAAGUAUGUACAUUUGAAUAAUUUUUUUCAAAAACGAAAUGGGGAAGUUGGAAAGUUGGACGGUAGAAGGUUGGCAGCUCUUAUGCGUAGGGAGCUAAACGAUCCUAUGGUAAAACGAGGUUUGUAUGUUUCUAGGGGUAAUAAUAUAAUAAGUGGAUUUCAACAAAAUGAGGAAGUAAAAAGUGAAAUGCUUAACAGUGAUAAUAAUAAAGUUGGAGCGCAAAAAGAUGUAGAGCAAAAUAAUCGAUGUGAUGUUAAUUUGAACGUAAACUAUUCAAAUGGUAAUAAUAAUAAUAAUAAAAAGAUUAUACCUAGUAAUACAAGUGAUUUAUCUUUUAAGGAUAUCUAUAAAUAUGACGCAUAUAUCAAGGAUGCUUAUGUGAAAAAUGAAAAGUUAAAUUAUUCAGCUAUGAGCAAGGGAGAUAUAAAUAAUACAUACAUAAAAGAUGAAGAUUUAUUAAAUAGUACUUUUGGUAAAGGAGAGUAUAAUAAAAAGAUUAGGAAAAAUGGUUAUAAUAUAUUUUUUAUGGAUAAAUUAAAAUGUGUAUUAGAAGUUUUAAACAUUUUUAAAUUCAUAUCAAGAAUAAAAAGUUAUUUGUGUAAAAGAAAUAGAAUGCCUUACGAUUUUAAUUAUACCUUAUUAAAUGUAAAAAGUGUAAAAUAUGAUGAGAGUAAAAUAUAUGAUAAUGGGAAAUAUGGAAAGGGAAAAAAAAAAAGAAAAAAAAGUAAAUUAUAUAAAAAAUAUGGAAAAAAUGAGAACUUAAAUUUUGAAAUAAAAAUUCCCACAAUAAAAAAUAUAAAAGAUUUAUUUUGUGUGAAUAAUAAAUUCGAUUGGUCUUGUAGUAUACCAAAUAAUGAUAUGAUUAAAAAUUGUAAAAUGCCUUUAUUAAAUGAUAAUAUAAAUAUGAAUAAUACAUGGAUUAAUAAUAAUAAUAAUAAUAAUAUAAAGAAGAAAAAUAAUAUAAAUAAAAAAAAAAAAAUAAUAAUAAAUUAUCCUCUUAAAUUAUUAUUAAAUAAUUUAAAUUUUUCGAAUAUUUUCUAUAUAUGUUUAUUAUUAAUUAUACCAACAUUUGAGAGAAUAUUUUUAAAUUAUAAAAUAAAAAACAUUACUCUAGAUCUUCAUUCAUAUUGUUAUCUCAAUAUAGUAAAUUAUAUAACUGACUUAAUAGGUUUGUAUAUAUAUAUAAGUUAUUUUAAUGAGGAAUCUUAUACUUCCUCUAUUUUUUUAAGUUCACUUUUUAACAUAUUCUUGUUGUCUUUACGAUUUCUCUUUUUGUAUAAGAAGUUUAACCAGCUAGGUUUAUUGUUUUUGGAAACCAUAUUGAAAUCUCUCCACAAGACAUUUUUUUACAUGCCCAUAUUUAUACUAGUAACAAAGGUUUAUAUAAAAAACAUUAACAACUUGAUGUGUUCCUUCUACUCGAGUAUUUUAGACGUUAGUUCUUUUGCUUCCUACUAUUUUGAAUAUCUUAUAUUAAGCUUUUACAAUAUUGACGAUUCAAAGAAUAUUUUUAUCUUUGUGUAUUUAACCUUUUUGAUAUUGCAUUUAUUAUCUCUGAUAGUUAUAUCAAAAUUGAAGAAGUGA